CGUUCCCCGUUCCUAUGUUCCUAUGUUCCUACAUUCUGCUUUGCUUAUUUUGUUUACAUAAACCUAACAUUUAUCUCUUUUAAGUGACCAUGAAUAAUGGAUGAUCGCCUAUGACUGAACUCCUGGCUUCGUUUCUAUCAUGUGAUUUGACCAAUUUUCUUGAAAUGUAUCUGUAAUUGACGGAGUAAGCUGUAUAAGACGAAUAUAAGUUUGUGGCCGGUCUCCGGAUGCCUGUCACAAUGGCCCCAUCUUCAACAGAAGCUCAUAUGUUGUCAGAUGAAGAUUACUUAGUAUUAAGAGCUAAGCAGGCAUUUACAAUCGACCCACAUGCAGCCAAAGCAUGGAUGUUAACUGCUAAAACCUUGUAUCCAAAUAAUUUCGCAGUCCAGUUUGAGGCUUAUAACAUUGUAAAGUCUGCUAAAAAUGUAAAAGAAGCUGCCAAAUGUUUUGAGACUUUGCUUCAACAGUUUCAAGGUGAUAAUAAGCUUUGGCAUGAAGUUGAAUUACUUACACGUGCAUUGCGGUCAGACAAUGCAGAAUCUGAGCCUUCAUUUCUUCGAGCAAUGUUUGCAAAUUUAUCCACAGAUGCCCAACAACAACUACUACAGGUGACAGCAGACCGUAGUAAGGAUACUAUGGAGCACUGCCGUCUUCUGAUGAUUCUUCUCUCGCGUUUUCCACAUGCAGUAGCCAAACAUGGUCCCCGACUUGUUGAUACUCUUCUAUCAGCAGAGAAACAUAGUCAUUGUCCGAGUGCAAACAACUGUUAUCGAAAGCUGUUAGUUUGUGAACUAGUUCCUUUAAUGGGUUCAAGCCCAAUUCCUGUUGAACUUCCACUCCGGCAGAUAUAUAGACUAAUGCAUAAACUGGUUGAAUAUUACAUGUUAUGUUUACUAACUCAAGACUCAAGUGAAGCUGAUCCCUGGGAAAAAAUUUUCCAAGGAUUUUGGUCAUUAGGUCUUAUGUUAAAUUGGGAUCUGGCAAAAAUGUUUAGUCAACCAUGGGGACGUGAACUCUAUUGGCAGCAAAUCCUUAAUAACAAUGAGCAUUUACAUCACUCUUUAGAUCCUGAAAGUCACGAGGUGCGCCAACAUGUUUAUUGUACAGGAAUCUUUUUCAUGCGCUGUUUGCAUGAAUACACAUCUUCUCUUCAGAGUGGUGAGCAUCAGCUUGUAUUGCUGGAGGCAUUUGUAAUGCCCAUACCUGAACGAGAAACCUCUGAACCACCACCCAAACGCCGCAAAGGAGAUGAUUCUUUGCCUCUUGUAACUGUUGAUACACCCACCUCAAGUAAUUCUGGAAGUUCUCCUACAAACCCAUCCUCUGGUGUGAUAAAUUGUAAUCAAUCAACUAGCUCCCAUAGAGAUCGUGCAGUUUUCACUUCAUCUGUUGUGGCAAAUCUCACGACUGCACUGCGUUGCUGGAGCAUGAUCAACUCAAAGGAUGCAAUUCAAAGAGGAGUAACAAAACUGCUGCAAAUGGUUGGUGUUGAUAUGUGGUUAUCUGCUUUUCAUCAAGAUGUUCAACUUUAUAGAGGAGAGGUGAACGAGUUGGUCACCCACCUUUUGCAAGUUGAGAACCCUGGAGGAACAGUACUUAGCCAAACACAAAAUACUAUGUCGGUAAAUGCUUCUGUAGUUCAAAAUUUGCGCCUCUCCUCUGGGUUUUUCUAUUUGCGGCAACUUCCUGCUGCUGUUGAUCGAGCAUUGCAAAUAAUUGGAAUGUUAGGCAGUAUACCAGUUGGAGGAACACUUUCCUCUAAUCUCCUUAAGCAGACCCAUUCGCAGCGUCAUAUACACUUGUUGCCACUUACACGCACUUCUGUCCUUCAGUAUUGUGUCCAUCUUAUCCUAUCUGCUCUUCAGCAGCAUUUUGUAUCGCAACCACCUGGAGGUGGCGCCACAACUACUGAGCUAGACAUGUGUGUAGGAAAUAUGCUCGUACUCCUUCAAUUAGAAUUAGGAGAUACAAAUCAACCAAUGCCCGGCGCUAUUGAUCUGUUGACUAAACUUGUAUCUCAUAUUCGCUCAAGAUCUUCAUUUUCUUAUCCAAUUUUUACCAAUUAUAUUGUAAAUACUGACAUUCUUGAAGAAAUUAUGCAUCUUGCAACAAAGCAAGAAGGUUCUGUGGCAUUUGAAAUAGCCCCCCCAUCAAGCACACAGCUUACAAGUCAAAGACGAAUAUCAACUCGAGGUGUGGACAAAGGUGCUAAGGAAGACUUUAAAUCGGCGAUGAGGAGACAAGUGGCAAGAAGUGAUGAGCCAGUUGAGUCACUUCUCAUCAAAUUUUUGACAAGUGAACAAGACUACGUUAGAAGAUUAUUAUGGCCUCAAACGAAGGCAUACGCUCCAAGAAUGUGAGUUCUCAAUUUUUUUAAAUAAAAUAUAUGAUGAAUUAUUUAAA